AUUGAAUUCAGUGGGUCUCUCAGGAAAAGACCAGUCACUUCCUGAGCAAUAAUCUGACUGUUAGCAGCAGAUAGAUUCUCAUUGUUUGCCACUUCCACUUUCCAGUAAUGAGAACGAUUACUUGACCAAUAUCUAGCCAGUUUCUGCCAAAGUUCUGGAAAAACCUACAGCUUUUCAUAGCAAAGUUGCAUUAUUGGUUUCCUUCCAAAAAUCAAAACUUCUGUGAUGCUUUAGGACUGCAAGGCAUAACCAACCAGAGCUGAUGAUCAUUUUAUUCUGUAACUAGGUGACUACUCUCCAACUACAAGAUGUAUUUCGCUGUGCUGGUGAUUCUCUUACACUGUCCAACUCUAAAAGCUCAAGACAGUGUUAUUACCAUCAACAAAGUUGAACUCACUGUGCCAUCCCAAAAAGUGAAGAAUGGAAUGUCAAUUGAACUCACCUGUAUUGUGGACAUUAGCAAAAGCGCCAGUUUCCGGAUGCAGCACGCUUUUUUAUUUUACAAGGAUGACAGUCUUCUGUAUAAUACCACAUCGGAGCAAGACGGCGCACGUUACAAAAUAUUUCCAGCUCGAUUUGCAGAUUCGGGAAGCUAUAAGUGCACUGUGAAGGCAAACGGGAAGACUAAAAGCAGUGAUGAUUUGGAUGUUCGAGUCGAAGGGCUGUCCCAGCCAAAACUGACUGCCCUGAAAACAGAAUUAACGGAGGGUGAAGUUGUGACUUUACGGUGUGAAGAACCAGAAGAAAAGCCUCCCUUCAUUUUCGUGUUCAAAAAACUAUUGUCCACUCAACAGCCACAAGUGAAAAGGAAGCAAGAAUUAAAAGAAAACUUUGCAUCUGUUGAAUUUCCUGUUGAAGAGGGGGAUCGAAUAUUGCGUUUUCAAUGUACUGCCCAGGUUCAUUCAGCAAUCGGUUCUGAAAUGUCAGAGCCCAGUAACGUGACACUUGUUACUGUUGUGGAACCGUUUUCACACCCUAAACUGACAUCCAAGUCCCCAAGGAAUGUUACAGAGGGAGACAGAAUUGACAUUGUGUGCACAACAAUUCUAGCCCGGGAAUAUGAAAUUGAAAUCCUCAUCCAGAAAGACAGAAGAAUACUGAACAGUGCACGCGGUCAGAAUUCUCUGACCUACUCUGCAAUAGCCACAGUAGAGAACAAUGGCAAUUACACGUGCAAAGUGGAACUGGGGAGAGUGUCCAAAACCACCAGCAUGAACAUUGUUGUAGAAGAGUUGUUUGCCAAGCCAAUAUUGACUCCUUCUUUGACUGACCUAGAUGAAAAUCAGAGGUUAAGCCUGUGGUGCCAUAUUAAUGGCUCCCCUAAAGCAAACUUCUCUAUCAUAAAGAGACCUCCGGAGAAUGGCAUCUUGUUGAAAACUUCCAGCAACUUCACUAUUCAAGCCCAGGUGAAUGACACCGGGUCCUAUGUUUGUAGGGCUGAGAUAAAAGGAAUCAUCAAGGAGAGUAACCCUGUACAGAUAACUGUUUACGCUCCAGUCUCUGAGCCAGUUCUUUCUGUUGCCAACUCAUCCACAGAGAUGGUGUUAGGGGAGACCCUCCUCCUACGCUGUCAAUCCAUGUCUGGAACUCCACCUAUAAACUAUACGCUCUUCAGAGGAAACAGACUUAUUCACACCAUCACAGUAUUUAAUAAUACAUAUGCUGAAUUCAGGGACAGACAAACUAAAUUAAAUAAUCUGAGAGAAUACAGAUGCGAAGCUAGCAACCGUCACUCCUAUGCGAAGAGAAGUAGCUACAAGAUGAACAUCACGGUGAUAGCUCCCAUUAGGAACAUAAGCUUUGGAAGCUUACCCCAUGAGGAAGUGGAAGAUGGUGGAGAUAUCAACUUUCUCUGCAUCGUAGGCGAAGGAUCUUUGCCAAUCGACUUCAGAAUUUUUAAACAAAAUGACCAGAAACCUUUAUUUUAUGAAAGCAAAAUGGAAACCAGAGUCCUCUGGCAGAAGAAAUCAUUAAAUAAGCAGGACGCAGGGAAAUAUUUUUGCGAAGCCUCCAACCGAGCCAGGGUUACUGUGCGAAGCAACUUGCUAACCGUUAAAGUCAUCCUGGCUUCAUGGCAGAAAGGGUUUAUCGCAUUAUUUGUCUUGGCUGUAAUUGCCAUGGCAGCUUCUGGUUUCUGGUGGUACUGGCGUAAGAAGGAAAAGGGUAAACAUCCUUCCAUGGAGAUGUCUGGAUCCACAGCAGCCACUAAUUCGACUAGUGAGAAACUGGAAUCUGGACAGAACCAUUAUACAGAAUUCUAUCCUGGAUCAGGUUACAUUGAAGAUAGUGAAAGUCCUGUUAAAUCAACAGAUGAAAAUAAAGGACCUGACCAUGAGAGUGCUGAGGUGGAAUAUACUGAAGUUGAAGUGUCAACGCCUGAUCCUUACAAAGCUCCUGUAAAGAAGGGGACUGAUACAGUAUAUAGUGAAAUCAGAAAAGCUAAUAAUGAUUCUGGGGAAAACAGACACUCUGUGUGAUUUCCUUCUUAAGGUGUAGAGCGAGGGGAUUUCCUGACUGUGACUAUUGGCUUGAGCUGAAGCUUGCAUUCAAAUCUGCCUGUGCUCCUGAUCUGUGCUAUGUAGCACCUUCAUCCAGGAUUUUAGAAGACGGGCUGACUGGCAGGGUUGUGGAUGGAGACUGUGACAUUCUAAACAAAUACUAAUGGAAAGCAAAUGCUGACGUUAUUACGAUCAUCCAAUCAGGGAACCGGAGCAAUGCCAUGUAAUGUAAGAGCCCAGCCAAACUAACCAUUGCAGCUCAAAUUUAAUGGACAAUCUACCAGUCAAGGAAUGAUAUGGUGAAUAGCUUUGAACACCAAACUAAUCAGAGGAAAAGCCAAUUUGUGGAGAGAAUGAGUGGCUAAAUGCCUCAAAUGAAUGAUCACUUGGCUCUGCUGAAAUGCAAAAGACAAAGUACAAGCACUCCAGAAAUAAUGAUAUUAACGUUAUUUAACAAAUACUUUCCGACUAUGCCUCCAGGGUGCUGUUCGGUAAUAUCAUGGUUAUUAAUUAUUAUUACUAGUGCUGUUGUGUUAGCACCCAAAAUGGGCCGGGCACUGGGUAAACACACAGAAAGAGACAGUCUCUGCCCUGAUAUAUUUAUAAUCUGAUUUUAAAAGAAUAAUUGAGAAGCACACAAUGAAAACCAUACUAUGAUAAAACCUGCCCUCAUAAGACUAGAGAGAGUAAGAGAAAGACAGGAGGAUCCUAUCCAGAGGCUAAACUCUGAGGUCUUUUGCUCAGUCCUUACUCAGGCAAAAUCCUGAUUAUAGUCCUAUAGGAUUUGAUUUCAAGAACAGGGAGUUUUCAAAGGUAACUCUUGAAAAAGAAAAGGAGGGAGGAACUGCCACAUAUUGAGGGACACUGCAGAGGCCCAGUUGCCUCCUGAUCUUAGACAAGAUGGUUGGAUCCCUAAAAGGCAGCUGGUAGAGCUCAGAUACCUGUUGGGACAAGGUUGGAGGCGGUCUCAAGGGUAGGCAGGGCCAGCCCCAGGCUCAGAGGAAGUGUGCCUCUAGGUAUAAGAUCCCUCCCACAAAGCAGGGCGGGAGUGUAUUUUUCCUGCCACUUAUUUUAUCUGACUCGGGAGCAUUUGCUUAAAAAAACCAACUGUAGCAAAUAAGAAACUUGUAAAUAACAAUCACAGUAACACUCUCUCUCUCUCAGCUAACAAUACACAUUCAGGCCUGGUCUACAUUACAGAGUUAGGUUGUCAUAAGCUGCCUUACGUCCACCUAACUCUAUAAGCGUUUACACAAAAAUAUAGCUCCCACCGAUGUAACUCACCCGCUACACCGACUUCAUAACUCCACCUCCGGGAGAGGCAUAGCACUUAGGUCAAUGUAGUUAGGUUGACGCAGUGUUAGUGUAGACACUGCAUUGCUUACAUUGACUGUUUGUUGCCUUUCAGAAGCUGUCCCACAAUGCCCCACACUGACAGUUAACUCUGUGCAAGUGCUCCUGGUGAGGACAUGCACGGCCAACAUAAGGAGCGUAGGCCGGAAAUGGAAAAGUGAUUUAAUUACUGCAGUGGCUAUAUGUCGACAUGACUUAGGUUGACUUAAUUUUGUAGUGUAGACUUGCUCUCCGGCUCUGAAAGGCAGGGGCCUCCACCCUCCAUCAGCAUUCAAGUCCUCAUGGGAUACAAAAGAAAACCUCUGUAUUGUUUACAGUCUAUUGGCAGAGCAUUGAAGGUCAUGGAGUGAGUUACAAUAAACAGGUGGAUUUUAAUAGGCAAAUAGGGUUUAUUUUUCAUUGUCAUCUAAAGGUUUGGGGUUUUACUUUGCUCUCUAUCUUCUAAAAAUAAAUCAAGCCCAGUUCUUCAUCCAGUUGCAAGGAUGCAACCUCAUGGUGUCAUAGAGGAGAAUUUUUUUUUUUUUUAAAUCUGUGGUUGGGAUAAGGGCUUAGUAUACACAGGAGAAGGUGGAGAGAGGUGACUGCAGCAAACAGCUGGCGUGGACCUGAAUGGGAGGCAUUGUC